AUGGACGCAACACUUCUGACUUCAGACUUAGACUUCGUUUGCUUAACCAACAAUCUUUCAAAAUACGGUUUUCUGAAGCCCUUCUAUAAUGAUGAAAACAUACAGUGUAAUUUGAUUGUUGAAAACGACGACCGCAAAAUUGAUCCAAAACAGCUAUCAUACAGAAAACGUAUUCAGUGGCAUCUAAAAGAAUUUUGCUAUAAAACCUCCAGUCAUGGAAUUCCCAUGCUUGGAAGUGCACCUAACGCUAUCUACAGUUUGACAGCUUACAGAUAUAUUUGGAUUGCGUUAUUAGUGUUAUCGAUGUCGAUGUUUUUGUUACAAACGGUCAGUGUCAUUGCCAAAUAUCAUCGAAACGAAAAAAUCACAAACAUCGAACUCAUCUUUGAUACCGGUAUUUUUCUAACCUUUUUUUCCUUCAACAUUUCACCCUUUCCAGCAAUAACAAUUUGCAAUCUAAAUCCCUACAUGAAAAGUGUAGUUGAAGAAGUUGAUGUGGUCAGAAAUGUAUUUAAAGUCUUUAAUGAUGUGAUGGCUGAAGCAUCAAUCAAAAACUCUAUGAUUCUUGACAGUCAUCAAAAAUCAAACUUUCAUGAGAGAGGCCAUUUUGAAGCGGCAUGGUCAAUUUGCGAGUGUAAAGUUCGUCGAGGAACUUUGACCUGUUAUGCAAAUGUUAGAAAACCCUUAGACUCUGACGGUGAAUUGUGCUUAUGCGCUUUCGACAGGAAGACAAUGAACGUUGUUCGAACGGAGUUAUCUGUUUGUCAUUUAAAGGAUGAAGAACCGUUGGCGCUUUCAGAGUUUUACAUGACAGAAGCGGAAAGUGGUGCUGCAGACAUGGUUGAGGCAAUGGGUUUUGAAGAUAUGACAGACGAAGUUGCUAUUGUUACAAAAGCUCGAGAAAACAUGAUUUUUGCGAUGACUGAAUUGGCUGAAGAGGAAAGAAUUGCAUUAUCUAUUGAGAAAAAACAGUUUAUACACAAAUGUUCGUUUAACAAAGUGGAAUGUAACGUUGAAAGAGAUUUUGUCUUAGUUCAAAAUCCAAAUUUUGGAAACUGCUAUACCUUUAAUCACAAUCGAACAGAAAAUAAGACGACAAUACGUGCCGGACCAAUGUAUGGUCUUCGAAUGUUGCUGUACGUUAAUGCAUCAGAUUAUUUGCCGAUAACAGAAGCUGUUGGAAUAAAGAUCACCAUACACGAUAAGGAUGAAUACCCGUUCCCUGAUACUUUUGGUUACAAUGCACCUACCGGAUACAUUUCAUCGUUUGGUAUGAGAAUGGCAAAGGUUGCCCGACUACCAGCACCAUUCAGUGACUGUGUCACCGAAGAAGAAGAUAACAAAUAUUACGGAAAUAAAUUUCGCUAUUCCACCGAAGUCUGCUAUCGUAGCUGUAUUCAAAAGAAAUUAAUUAACGACUGCGGUUGCGGUGACCCACGAUUUCCAAUUUUUAAUAACGAACAUCAUUGUCCAGCAUUUGAUCCUGUUGCCAGAAAAUGUUUACAAGAACAAACCAAAGCAUUCAGUUCACAUCAAGAAAGUUUACGUUGCCACUGCCAACAACCUUGCUCACAGUCAAUCUAUACGGUUUCGUAUUCGGCCGGUAUAUGGCCGUCAGAAUCUUUAAAUAUAACACUUGGAAACUGCAAAGAUGGUCCAGAUAUCUGCAACGAACAUUAUCAGGAAAAUGGAGCAAUGAUUGAGGUCUUCUACGAGGCGCUUAAUUAUGAAAUUAUGACAGAAUCCGAAGCAUAUGGGCUCGUGAAACUGCUAUCAGAUUUCGGUGGUCAGCUCGGUCUAUGGUCUGGUAUCUCCUUCAUGACCUGUUGCGAAUUUGUUUGCCUGUUAAUUGAAAUUUUGCAAAUUGUUUUCAACCAUUACUGGAAGCAGUAUAGAGGAAGGAAAUAA